AUGCCACCUGUCUGGAAGUAUGGUGACAUCCAUGGGCUGCCCGAGUCACCUCCAACGACCGUGAGCGCUGUACUCCGAUCAGAGACGAAACCUGUUGACGGUGUCGACUGCAGCCUCAACAUGAGAUCUUGGCUCGAGACAGUCAUCCAGUUGUUGGAGUCUGCCAACUGUGACUGGGAAGUGUACAGCUACAUUAUCGUUCACGUCGGUCCUCAAGUAUCCAACCAGUCCCUCUUCGCAGAGAACAUCCACGAGAUCAGGUUACUCAGAAAUCUGGUUUGCAAAAAGAUACAGUCUCAAACGAUAUUCAGACCACCAGAAACCUCAAAUCUGCGACAAGGCGAUGUGGCUUUGUGCUUGUAUCACAUUCUCACUACCUGUAUCGGGUACCAUUGGCAAUUGCCCAGGAAGGAGAACGUGGACACAAUCACCACUCUUGUCAAAGGUCUCACAUUAUGGGAUCGUACAACUAUAGCUUGCGUCAACGCGCUAACCCUGAGUUGUUACGAGCUGCCGGUAUCGUUGAGUCGAGAUCUCGUUCGUAUCGUGGCGCAGAUGUCUACGAUUGUUACCAAAUCAGACUCGGCCAUCCAUGUGCUUGAGUUUCUGGCAGGAUUAUCUCGUAUCGAUGAGUUGGUCAACCAAUUUCAUGGUGACGAGAUCAAGACAGUUUUUGGAGUAUGCUUCAGCUACAUUGACUACGCCAGAGGCAAGAAAUUCGAUGAACAAAACCGCGGAAGGUCAACAGGACCACCUACCAGAAACGCCUCGGUCGUCGAGAGCAAUUACCGCCAAGCUACCGAAGACCUCGCAAUUCCACAAUACGUCUUUGCGCUUAGUUACCACGUCAUUACGUUCUGGUUUCUUGCUCUGAGUAAAGAGGAUCAAAAAAGGCACUUCCCAUGGAUGGAACAAAGAUUGCUCUCCCCCGACCAAUCCGGACAAGUUCUUGAUGAAGCCAUCGUCACUGUUGACCAUAUUUGGCGAGUUACAGAAGGCAAAGAUGUUGUGAAACCACUUCCAUUGGAUCUUGGUAUGACGAGUGAACCAUCAGUAGAUCCAGUCACGCAAACAUGGGUCUCUGAGUACUGUAUUCUGACAAUAAAGUGUCACCUCGAUAAUGGACUCGUUGAAAUCAUCGAGCGAAGGAGUUCCGGCACUGACGAAAAUCGCUUCGUCUAUGCUGGCGAGGAUCCACUGACCCCAGAUCUGAUAUACCAAGAACGAUUCGCUUCGACCAUCAAUGGUAAUUUCAAGAGCGACCUGGAAGUCGUCAUUCUCCCUACCACCGAUGCCACACGUCGUGCACUUGGCAUCUUUGACCGCAUCUCACCCAUCGAUUUCUUCAAAGCUGGCGUCAUCUACAUUGGCGAAAAUCAAAAACACGAACACGAAAUCUUGGCCAACGUCUCCGGCUCUCCAGACUACAACCUCUUCAUUGCUGGUCUAGGCGAGCGCGUCUCGCUCGCCAACAACCGUGAAAACAUGGCUGGCUUAGAUACCAGCGAAGGCAUGUUUGACGGCCGCAGCACACUCCGCCACAGCGACAGCAUCACGACCCUAAACUACCACGUCACGACCAUGAUGCCCACAAACCGCGAAACGGACCCACAAUGCACACGCAAAAAAUCGCACAUCGGCAAUGACUUCGUAAACAUCAUUUUCAACAAUUCCGGCCUCGAGUUUGACUUUAACACUUUCCCUUCGGCGUUUAACUACGUCUAUAUCGUCGUUGUACCUGAAGCUCGUCAAACGUUUAUCCAGACGCGCACGCGUUUGCAUAAUGCUGGUUGGUUUGAAGACUCGUGGUUCAAAGUGCGCGUACUUACUCGCCAUGACUUCCCCGCGAUAUCUUCAGCGGCGGAGACGGCGGUUGUUUCGGGGGCUGCGUUGAGUGCGUAUGUGAGGAAUCUUGCUCUCAAUGCUGAGGAGUUCUGUAGAGUGUGGAGUAAUAGGGGCAUGGGAGAGUUGCCUAGUACAUGGAGGAGUCGGUUGCAGCAGAUUAGGAUGUUGAGGGAGAGGAAUGUUGUCAAGAAGGAGUAA